UAAAGGGAGGAGGCAACAGGGAAGUGAAAGCAGGAAUAAUCCUGCACAUGAAACUGUUGUGUGUGUGUGUGAGAUGUGGUUCGGAGGCUUCAUCAUUUAUGACUGCGAUCGCUUCACCUGACAGACAGAGAAUCAACAUGGCGCAGUGGUGGGCUUUACUAGUUGUUGUUUAUCUGUCCGUCAACCGGGCAGCAGCUCAGCACCACAGGAAAGCUCUGUAUCCGUCGGCGUUCAGGAUAAAGCGUGGAACAUACUCGCUGAUAAACCCCACGUUCCAGCACUCGACGGAGGAUGUCAAUCUGCUUUUUGAGCUUCUCCUGGCUGGAAUGCAGAUCCAAGGUGAGGAACACACCCUCCUGAUCCCAGAUGAGGAAAUGGCCUCCCUGAGAAGGGUGGAGAAGCUGGAGGUCAUUUGCGAGGACGUCCUGCCUAAGAAGCUCUCCGACAUCCGCCGUCUGACAGCCGAACUCGUCCAGCGGCGGCAACCUCUGAGAUGGCAGGACUUUGAGAGGACAGUGCUGACUCUCGUCUACACCACUCAGACGCUGGCUCGAAUCACCAACCAGCACCAGAGAGAGGCGUGGACGGACAGCCUGAUCCAGCUGUUCCGAGCUCUUCAGAAAGACCUCAGACCCUCGUGAGGAAGAUUGGGAAGUUGUAUUUUUGGAAAGAAGUUUUUUGUGUCUGUAGUGUGUGACACGACAAGUCUUGAGUUUCGUCUUUUCCCAAUUUCAUGCAAUGUAAUAAA